AUGUCGAGACAUCUCCAAACACACAUUUGGAGUGAGUGUGCUUACACUUUGGAGAAUGUCAAGAACCCACGGUGGCACCUUGGCAGCACCGGCAAGUACUCGCAAGCCGAUGGCAUUUGGAAGGAUAUCAUGGCUGUCACUCGCCCGAAGCAGACCUUCUUCAUUCAGCGACUCCAUUUUGCCUUUCAGAUCAAAAGGAAGCAGGUCCGGACGGCGACAACCGCGAGACUGUCGCCAGAGGCUUGGGAGGCUUUGGUGGACUCCAGUUGCCUGAUGAUGUGGGCAUUGGAGGCUAUGGCCAAGGCCAGAACGGACGACGGCGCAGAUGUGUUGUUUUCGGGCGACAGCAUGAGAGCUGCUACGCAGAAGGUGUUGGAGGGGGAUUACAAUUCGGAGGCCGAUAAGUUCUGCCUUCUCAAGCUUCCGGACAUCAAGCCUCAGGACUUGAACCUGUGGUCGGACCACCUUGGGACUGCUUCCGCAGAGAGCUUGAUCAAGAAGGGAUUGGAGGAGGUGACCAAGCUUGACAACGAGAGCAUCCAGAAGCAGUUCGAAAGCGACACCUACAAGGUCAGUUUGGACCUAGCCUCCUUCAUUGCGCACCUGGCAGAGUUGCAGAAGUGUGGCCGGGCCAAACAGAUGGCAAAAGUGUGUCAUCUUCGAGCUGAGAACAAGCGGGGCAGCAGCCUCGUCAUUGAGUUCAUGGAUGUGAACAGCAAGCAUGAGCACGGCCUCUACAAAGACACGGAUGUGCUCGAAGGUAUCAAGAAGGCUGGAGAGGGGCUUUAUCAGUUGUGUCAUCCAUGCUGA